AUGGCCUGCUGUGCUACUAGCUUCUGUGGCUUUCCCUCUUGUUCCACUGGUGGCACCUGUGGCUCCAGCUGCUGCCAGCCCAGCUGCUGUCAACCCAGCUGCUGCCAGCCCAGCUGCUCCCAGUCCAGCUGUUGUCAGCCUACCUGCUGCCAGACCAGCUGCUCCCAGUCCAGCUGUUGUCAGCCCAGCUGCUGCCAGACCAGCUGUGGCAUUGGCUGUGGCCAGGAGGGUGGCAGCGGAGCCGUGAGCUGCCGCACCAGAUGGUGCCGCCCAGACUGCCGCGUGGAGGGCACCUGCCUGCCCCCCUGCUGUGUGGUGAGCAGCACACCCCCAACCUGCUGCCAGCUGCACCAUGCCCAGGCCUCCUGCUGCCGCCCAUCCUACUGUGGGCAAUCCUGCUGCCGCCCAGCCUGCUGCUGCCACUGCUGCCAGCCCAGCUGCUCUGAGCCCAGCUGUUGA